GAACGAGGGCUGGAUUUCAGUUUGUCCCCUUGUCCCCUCAGCAACGCGCCCCGGUGCGGCGCACAACCUUCGCAGCCUUGAGCAAUGGCCCUAAGGAGUCGGGGAGCGACUCCUCGGUCCGCGAGCCGAAAACAGACUUAGAAUUCUCUCUGGCGUAGGGAGCCGCGGCUCCGGGGAGGAAGCAAAGGAAGGAAGGGGGAGGAAAGGAAGAAUACCCCCAACCCAAGCAUCCCGCCGGUCUCCUGGGUCCGGGAGCGCUGGUCUCCUCCCUCUCGGUCUUCACACCUGGCGGUGGGGCGUGCCUCAGUUUCCUCCACCCCGCCCCUCCCCUUUUUCCUCUUCUUCCUCUUUGGGGCGCCGGUGGCCGCGCGUCAAGCACUCCCGGAACUGAAGCUGGGCGCCUGGCGGUCGGGAGGCAGGGGCCACGUCAGCGGGGCGGCCGGGAGCUUGGCGGGCCGGCCGGCUGCGCCAUGCGGCGGGGAGCGCUCCUGGCGGGCGCCCUGGCGGCGUACAUCGCUUACCUGGUGCUGGGCGCGCUGCUGGUGGCGCGGCUGGAGCGGCCGCACGAAGACCGCCUCCGAGCUGAGCUGCAGACUCUGCGCCAGCAGCUGCUGCAGCGCAGCCCUUGUGUGGCUGCCCCCGCCCUAGACGCCUUCGUGGAACGGAUGCUGGCGGCAGGACGGCUGGGGCGCGCAGCACUCGCCAACGCCUCGGGGUCCGCCAACGCCUCGGACCCCGCCUGGGACUUCGCCUCGGCGCUCUUCUUCGCCAGCACGCUGGUCACCACCGUGGGGUACGGAUACACGACGCCGCUGACCGACGGGGGCAAGGCCUUCUCCAUCGCCUUUGCGCUCCUGGGCGUGCCGGCCACCAUGCUGCUGCUGACCGCCUCGGCCCAGCGCCUGUCCCUGCUGCUCUCCCACGCGCCCCUGUCCUGGCUGAGCCGGCGCUGGGGCUGCCACCCCCCGCAGGCGGCCCGCUGGCACCUGGCGGUCCUGCUGGGGGUCGUGGUGACCAUCUGCUUCCUGGUGCCGGCCGCCGUCUUUGCCCACCUUGAGGAGGCCUGGAGCUUCCUGGACGCCUUCUACUUCUGCUUCAUCUCUCUGUCCACCAUUGGCCUGGGUGACUAUGUACCUGGAGAGGCCCCCGGCCAGCCUUACCGGGCCCUCUACAAGGUGCUGGUCACAGUCUACCUCUUCCUGGGCCUGGUCGCCAUGGUGCUCGUGCUGCAGACUUUCCGCCGUGUGUCUGACCUUCAUGGCCUCACAGAGCUCAUCCUGCUGCCCAAUCCAUGCCCUACCAGCUUCAACGAGGAUGGGGACGAUCGGGUGGACAUUCUGGGCCGCCAGCCAGAGCCACACCAGCAAUUCGCCGCCGGCUUGCACCCUGACUACGCCUCCAUCCCCAGGUAGCUGGGGCAGGCGCCGCGAGGCUGCGGACCUGGCCUGCCACUGAGGGGCCCAAGGGACUGGACUGACAGACCAGCACGUCCACAAGCACAUGCAAGUGUUCCUGAGGCCCUGCCUCCGCUAUCCGUCUGUCCUUUGUCUUACCUGCCUGAGCACCACCCGGAUCCAGGAACCAGCAUUGCCUAAGUUUCCCCUGCCCCUCCUCUCACCUCCCUGCACACUCUGUGCCUCCCUGGCUUUCUUACCGUCUCUGUCUUUCCCUCUCACCAUCUCUUUGUUUCUCAUUCUUUUACGCCAUCUGCCACUCACCACCUGCUGAUUCUCCCAGGCUCUGGACUCACACCUCAUUUCAGGAGCUAGAUCAGUCACUCCACUUUGGCCAAGUGGCCGGCCCUCUCAGAGCCUUGAUCUCCUCAUCUGUCAAGUGGAAAGAGUAUAUUCACUCAUUCAAAACUCCCUCCUCUGUGCCAACCCAUGCUGGGCAGUGCUAGGGACUUAGUAGUGUUCCAGAUGGUCUGGGCCCUGCUCUCAUGGGGCUUGCCAUCCUGUAAGGUAGACAGACCUGUCCCCACACAGUGACAGUCCAUAACAGGCAGGACUUCAGUGGGGGGGUGAGGGUGGCGGUGGGCAGAGUGGUCAGGGCUAGGGUGGAAGGAGCACAGGGAAUGUACCCAAUCCAGCCUGGAAGGUCAGGGAGGGCUUCCUGGAGGAAGGGGCAACUGAACUCAGACCUGAAAUCUGAGGAGUAGUCCGGGGAAGAAGGUGUACCUGACUCAUUUUCCUCAAGUGUAUCCAGGGAGCAAGACACAUUCGGAGACUCCUGGGGUAGGCUUGUGUGAUAGAAUCUUCUUCAGCAGCCUGGCAGGCAGGAAGCUAAGGCACUGCUCUUCGUAAGACACCAUUGUAACAGCUGUUCCCGUUUACCAAGGACUAAUUACAUUAGGUGCACUGGGCUCUGAAGCCAGCCUGCUUGGGCCCAAAUCCCAACUCAGUCCUGUCUGUGUCCUUGGGUGGUCACUUUGCCUCUGUGAUUCUUGGUUUCCUCAUCAGGAAAAUGGCAAUAACGAAAGAUGAUUUCACAGAGCCUGCCAUGUUAUUCUGUGAUGCUUUCUUUGGCCAGGCCCUGUUCUGGGUACUUUACAUAUGAGGCAGAUAAUGAUAAUAUUAUCAGUGGACAUGGGCAUAUCGUAAGCAUCCUUAAAGGACCAUCUUGGGAACUUGGCUUCUUUCUUGAGGGCACUAGAGAGCCAUGGAAGGGUUUUGAGCAGGAGAGGGCCAUGGUUAGGUUUGGGUUUUAGCUGCUGUGUGCAGGGGGACACUGAGGCUGGGUGCCCAGGGGAGGCUGGGGCAGGAACAAAGCAGGAGACAGUGGGACUGGGUAGGGCCAAGGGAAGAGGAGGAGGGGGCGAGUCGAGGGAUGCUCAGAAGGCCAAGUGGACAGGCCAUAAGCCUUACAGACUUGGGAGGGAUAAGGCCAGAGAAAGGUCCAAGGUUGGUCAGCUGCCCCUGAGGUGGGAGCCUGGGAGAAAGAACAGAUUUGAAGGGAGAUGCUGAGGCUUGUUUGGAACAUGGUGGCUGUGAAGGGCUAAUGGGACACACAGGGGAAGGCAUCAGGAGGUUACAGGACCCUCAGGGCAAGGCCUCAGUGGGUGGUUGAGGCUGGAGACAGACAAGGAAACCAAGGCCAUGAAGGUGGGUUUGACAGCUCUGGGUGGGAAUGAAGAGAGAAGACCAGCCUUGAGAAAUCAGCCUUAGGAUGUUUAUAUAUUUAUAUCAGUAAGGAAAGAUUUGGGUUGCAAGUAACCAAAUCCUGACUGGCACUGGCUGAAACGAUGAGAUGGUUGUAUAUUGUACAUCACCAGAGUUGGGGACAGCUCCAGGCAUGAUACAAUCCACAGCUCCAAGAAAGUCUUGUGGUCCCAGGUUCCCUCUUUCUCUGCUCUGUUACCCUCAGCUGAAGGCUUGGCUCCCACAUGGGCUCUCCUCGUGGCCCCAGAGUGGCUGCCACAGAUCCAGGCAUCACAAUCAGACAUGUUAAUUUUUAUUACAGGAAGUUGGCGGGGUGUGGUGGUGGGGGCAUCUCUUCCCAUGGUACCUUUUUGGAAACAAGGAAACCUUUUCCCAGUGUCUCCCAGCAGCCUUCCUCUUCCAUCUCAUUGGCCAAAAUUGGCUCACAUGCACAUCCUGACCCAAUCAUUGGCCAGAGUGAUGGCAUCACCAUGAUUAGCUUGGAUGCCUCAGGAUUCCCCCUGCCACCCAGGUCUGAGGCUGGGGCUGAGGUUUUAGUUUGCAGGCUGGUGAAUACUUGAACAAAACUGGGCUUCUAUUAGAAAGGCAGAAAGUUGGGAGAAUGGGCAGACAUCAAUAAACUAAUCAGCCAAGGCAGUGAUGUACAAUUAUGCAGGUUGAGACCUACAUAAGGGAUGCCUGGCUGGUAGGGUGGAAACAAAUAGGGGCUGAAGUUCAUGGCUGAAUAUGCCCAAAGGGGACUUCUUUUUCUAAUUAACAUAACAGCCCCAUAUGGUGAGCAGUGACCCUUCAACCAAUGCCCUCCUACCCGAGAGAAGAGCUUACAAAGGAGACAGAAAAGGAGUUCUGGAGAGGAGUAGGAAAACCAGGAGGGUGGGGAGUAUUGUAAGAGAUGAGAGAAUUUUAAGGAGGGAGGAGGCAACAUUGUCAAAUGAUGCUAAGAAGUCACACAAAACUGUUUUAAUAACAGUGAUAGAAAACACUUAUAUAGGAUUUACUAUGUGCCAGGCAUUGUUCCAAGCCCCUGAUACACAAGAAUUUAUUUAACCCUCUCAGCAACUCUGUGAGUCAGGUACAUUCUCCAUAUUGCAGAUGAGGAAAGGAGGCCCAGAGAGGUUAAAUAACUUAUCCAAGGUCACACAGGAAAUGCAAAACUGAGAUUUGGACAAGGUUUUGGUUGGUCACCUUGUCCCACGGAGGCUCAGAAACACCCACUGUCUAGCUCUUUCUCAGUCUCCCAGCCUUCCUGGCUCCUCAGCAUGGUCGUUGACCCUGCUGCUGAAGUCACUAGCUGGGUGGAAGGCAGGUGCUGGGUGGAAGGCAGGUGCUUGGGGGAGGUGCCUGUGUGAUCUGGUUUCUGCUCCUCACCACUUCUCCUUCCAAAUUCCCCCGGAAAAAGAAAUCAGGCCCUGCUCAGUUCAAGAUAUUAAAAAAAAAAAAAAAAAAAGCACAUGCUUAAAAAUGGAAAAAGUAGAGAAGACUGUACAGUGAAAAGUAAGUCUUCCUCCUGUACUUGGGCUGUGUUGACAGAUUUCUCAGGUCUCCUAGGCAUGAACCAGCAAUAUACAUGUGUGUGUAUAUGUGUGUUAUUAAUUUUUUUCUUUCACUCUACAUAAGUGGUACCUAGUACAGUGAGGUGGUUACAAUCACAGACUCUGGAGGCAAAGUCCCUGGGUAUAAAUCUGAACUCUGUCACUUCUAGGCUCUGUGGUUUUGGGCAAGUGAUUUCACCUUCCUGUGCCUGAGUUUGCCAAUCUGUGAAAUGGUAUGAUAACAGCACCUACCUCAUGGACUUGUUGGAGAAUGAAGCAAUUUAAUAAAGCUCUUAGAACAAUGUCUGGUGCUCAGUAAAAUGUCAGCUAAUGGUUAUUCUCAUUUCUGCACCUUUUUCAUAUUAUAUGUUUCAUAUAUACAUGUAUGCUUUUCUAAUAUUCUCUUUUCUGCACCUUGCUUUUUUCACCAACCCAGUGUCACUCGGAGAUCAUUCAAGAGGCACACAAGUAGGUCUCCUAUCCUUUUUUACGUCUGUGGUGCCUCCUCUAGGACCCACAUCCAAUAAAUUAUUUCCACGUUUCAUUAACGGA